CAGGAGGCAGGAAGGAAGGAAGAGAGGAAGAGAGAGAACACCAACACCUCUCUGAAGGGGGCGACAACAAAUCCCUCUCUCUCUCUAGCAGAUACACACUAUCCAACGUCACAAACACGCAUUUUCAAGAGGCGUGAGGCUCUGGAGGAGGAACACCACUCACGCUCGCUGUUUCUGCUGCCCUGGCUGUACUUUUGAGAGCUGUCUCUUGAAGACUGGACUAGAGCUGUUUCCAACCUCGCUUGCUUCAUCCAUCCUCUCCUCCCUUCCUGCUUCCAGAAACAAUACAGAAGCAGCUCAUUGUCACGCAUCCCUCGAUCAUUUGGACUGAUUUGUUUGCUCUGUCAUUCAUCUAACCUCUGAUCCACUCUGCCUUCCCUCUGUUCAGCCUGGACAUCAGGAAGUUCCCAGUCAGGAGAAAGACGACUAAGAGACCCACCUUUCAACAGAAAUCAUGAACUUCCUCCGGCGCCGUCUUUCUGACAGCAGCUUCAUGUCCAACCUGCCCAAUGGCUACAUGACAGACCUUCAGAGGCCUGACCCAGCUGCUCCUCCACCCCCCACGGCCUCCUCUCCUUCCCAGCAGGGUGCAGCCCCUGCCAGUGCUCCAGUCCCUGCCCUCUCCCCAACCAAGGCACCUGCUCCUUCCCAGGUGCCUGCCAGCUCCCCCGUGCCACAGGAGCGCCGUCCGACCCAGCUGCCUCAGCAGACCCAACAGGCCCAGUCAUCCUCCUCCUCUGGCGGUUCCUCUGGCUUCUUCAGCUCUUUCAGCUCUAUCACCAAUGUGGUCAAACAGACAGCUGCAUCCGCUGCUGGCCUUGUGGAGCAGUCGGCCCCCUCUCCAUCCCUCUCCAAGAAGUUCAAGAUCCUGUUGGUCAUUGAUGAGCCCCAGCAUGAGUGGGCAAAGACGUUCAGAGGAAAGAAGGUCCUCGGAGAAUAUGACAUCAAAGUGGAGCAGGCUGAGUUUUCGGAGGUCAACCUUGUGGCUCAUUCAAAUGGAACCUGCAAUGUGGACAUGCAGGUUAUCAGGGGCAGCACCAAGGUUGUCAGAUCAUUCAGGCCUGACUUUGUUUUGGUGCGCCAACACGCCUUCAGCAUGGCACAAAAUGAGGAUUUUAGGAACUUGAUCAUUGGUCUUCAGUAUGCGGGCAUCCCUUCAGUCAACUCUCUGGACUCCAUUUACAACCUGUGUGACAAACCCUGGGCUUUUUCUCAGCUGAUCAACAAUCAGAAGUGUUUGGGUUCGGAUAAGUUCCCUCUCAUCAACCAGACCUUCUACCCCAACUACAGAGACAUGAUUACAACACCAAUUUUCCCAGUAGUGGUGAAGAUUGGACACGCCCACUCUGGAAUGGGAAAGGUAAAAGUGGAUAAUGUGAGUGAUUUCCAGGACAUUGCGAGCGUGGUGGCCAUCACUCAGACCUACUGUACUACAGAGCCAUUUGUAGACGCCAAGUACGACAUCAGGGUCCAGAAAAUUGGAACUGACUACAAAGCUUACAUGCGAACAUCUAUCUCUGGUAACUGGAAAAGCAACACUGGAUCUGCCAUGUUGGAACAAGUAGCCAUGACUGACAAGUAUAAACUGUGGGUGGACACCUGCUCAGAGAUCUUUGGAGGCCUGGAUAUCUGCGCUGUCAAAGCCAUCUGUGGCAAGGAUGGUAAUGACUACAUCACAGAGGUUGUGGGCUCAUCUAUGCAGCUGAUUGGUGAUCACCAGGCAGAGGACCGGCAGCUUAUUUCUGAGGUGGUGCUGGCUAAGAUGAACCAAGCACUAACUGCCAGGUCAUCUAGUGCUUCCCGCUCGCCUGCUCGCUCUCCUCAAGGCCAGAAGCCAACAACCGUGCAGCCCCAACAGAGUGCUUCUGUUAAGGAAGGACUGGCAGACCCAAACAGGAGCUCAGGCCAACGCCCUCAACCUCAAGUAUCCUUCCUUAUUCACUUGGAUCCAAACCAACAACCAUUGACCAAAUGUGCAGCACUGAAAUCUCAGAGUGUGGAUGUAACAGCAGAAUCAGCAAAAAGAACAUCUGAACCUAAGCCCGACCAGGCCCAGAAACCUGUUGCUGGUCAGAAAUCAGCCCAGGCUCAGAAACCAAGCCCAGUCCAAAAGGCUGCCUCUGUCACAAAGCCUCCUGUGCCAAGGCCUCCCCCUAUGACCAGAGCCCCAUCUGUGACAAAGUCAACCCAGGAUUCUGCUUCCAGCUCAGUCCCGUCCAAAGCUUCACCAUCAUCUCCAGCUAAAGCAGCCACAGCUCCAGGUUCUCCACCAACCAAAGCCCCAGUAGCUGCUUCAGGUUCCCCUCCUGCCUCUCCCAAAGCUUCUGCUGCCACCACAGAGCAGCCCAAACCCCAAUUGCAAGGCUCUCCAUCGGCAGCACCUGGGAAACCUAAAGAUCUCCCCCCAAAACCCACGCCACCCGCUAAGCCAAUCCCUCCUGUUCGCAGGAAUUCUAAGCCUCAGCUUCAGCCAAAGCCACAAACUCCCCCUCCGCCAAAAGCUUUGCCCAAACCGCAGCCCACCACUCAAGCUCAAGGCCCUGAACCUGCCCUGGCUUCUGAUCCCACCCAUCCUGCACAGGUCCAGUCCCCUGCUAAAUCCAACCAGUCCUCUUCCAACAUCCAGUCUCAAGCUCAGGACAAUCCUCAGUCCAAGCCAGCCUCUCCAUCCCAAAACCUUGAGCCAACUCCAACUGAAGCACCUGCUGCAUCCAGUGAAGCCCAGGCAUCUCUUGAAGACCAGCCCCAACAAAAGACCCAUCCACUACUGAAUAAGUCCCAGUCCCUGACCAAUGCCUUCAACGCCUUUAGCGACUCCUCUUUCUUCCGUGGGGUCUCAGGCUCUGGUGGCGAUGGGCAAGAAGAGGCAAAGGCCGAAACCAUUCGCAACCUUCGAAAGUCCUUUGCUAGCCUUUUCUCUGACUAGACAAAACCGUGCCACAGUUGGCCCCUCAUUGAUGCUGGUCCUUCUUUUAAUCAGUGGCCAAUUUUCCUAAUCGGCAUUAAAUGUGAAACAGUCUGAGAGUAAAGUUUGUGUGUUAACUGUACUUUGUUCCCCACAUCUUUGUCCCUGUUCAUUUCCUCUCUUAUCUUCCUAGUGCAAGUAACAGCGAGGCCAGUUGGAUACAGAGAUUAAUGUUAGAUUAACUGGUUUAAAGGAAUUACGUUAUUGAUACAGUGCCUAGCAAAAGUACAUAUAUCCCUUGGGCUUUUCCACAUUCUACCAUAUUGCAACCACACCUGAGUGUAUUUUAUUAAAGAUUCAUGUGAGAUAGACACUAAGUAGUGCGUAAUUUUGAAGUAGAAGGAAAUGGCCAGACUUGUGCAGUGCAUAGGUAAUAGUUAUCUUGUUGAGCAAUUCUUUCAUUUGACCUAUAAGAUCUCUGCAGCUCAUCCUCUGCUGUGAAAAAGUUUAAUUUAUGACUGAUUUUCUUUUGGUUUUGCUUUUGUCAGAUUAUAUGUUUUUGAUCAUUAAACAAAUUUACAUAUGUUAUUUACGAAUUAGAUGACUUCUGAAGUGCACUGGCUUUUAUUUGGCUGUUUCACAGUAAAAGGGGCAGAUUACAUAUGUACACUACAAAUCAGAUAUUGUCUUUAUUUGCACAAAGCCUGAAAAUCUAGCAUCAUUUUCAUUCUACUUCACAGUUAUUGGCUACUUUAUAUUGGUGUCUCAGAUAAAAUUCCAAUAAAAUAAAUUAAAUUCUGGGGUUGUAAUGUGACAAAACAUGAAAAUAUUUAACUUCUUGUAGACUAUUGGUGCAACUUUACCUCAAACCGCCACAUUGCCAAGGUGAUGUAUGUAUAGCACUAAUCCCUGUUGAUGCAUAUUCAACAUAUACAAAGGAUCACAUUCGAAAUGUUUUGCUGUCAUCUAUUGGUCGGUGUAAUGCCAGAUUAUGAUAUAUGUGCUAUAUUCAGAUUAUCAAUCUCUACUUAAUUUAGAAUCAAUUUGAGAGCAAAAACACAUUUCUUUAAUAUAACAGUAAAUACAUUUAGGCAGUAAGGGGUUAAGGGAUAUGAGUGUUUUGUAAGGCACUGUACAUAAUAGAUGAUGUUAUAGUAGACAAAAAACAUUUAUUUUCACAUAGAACAUUAAAUGACAUAUGUAGAAAGUAACAUAUGGAAUAUUAAAGAUUGCUUGUACAUAUGGUAUUUAUACAAAAUAUAUAAAUCUAAACAUAUAUACCUAUAAAGGGAUAUAAGCCAGUUAAAGAAAAAAAAAAAUUCAGCUUUUGUCAGUGACAUAGCUUUUUCAUUCAGUGGCUAGAUUUAUAGAAACUUUACCUAAUCUGACAGUUAAUGGUUUCCCCUUCGGUAAAUGUUGUCACUCUGUGAGUAAAAUAGGAAAAAAGUAUUUUUAAAGAGUUUGUUCUUCUGUAACUCCUGCUGUGUUGUCAAUGGUCCUUGGUUACCGACUGCCAGGCCCUUCCUGGCUUUCCCCGUUUUUGUCCUUAAAAAGGCCUUGAAGUUCACCUUUUUUGUGAGGGAGUUGGAUAUAUGUAUGUGUGUGUGUGUCCAUCUGUGUUCACUAGUUGUGCAUGGCUCCUACAAGUGGUUCAAAAUGUGACUUUUGGAUCAGAUGGAGCUCUAUCAGUGUUGAGUUUUGCCCUCCAUUGCCUCUCCCCUCUCUAGAUGUUGUAGCCUUAUUGUGAACAUGUUUUCGAUUCACAGCUACGUCCACUAGCUGUGCAGACCUGGGUCAAUCACAAACUGGGAUGUAUUCAUUUACUCUGAAGCAGCUGGCAUUGUUUAACCAUUACAUGCACAACUGAUCGUAACUGUGUGGGAGUAAGGUACCUGACUGACUAAAUGAAUGCAUUUCAAACUGUUACUCAUGUCUGUCGCUGUGACUGGUGAUUUCUCGUUUCACCUCUGUGUAGAUCUAUCAGCAGUAUUGUAAUUUGUUGAUUACUCUAAUUGAAAAGACAUUGAGACAGUAGUGCAAUAACACCUCAACAUGACUGUUGACCGCUGUCACCCUUAUAUGAAUACUAUCAUACAUAAAGGACCUGUCUAUGUGUUAUUUUAUUUCAGUGGUUUGGUCCCAGGUUGCUUUUAAGCUGCCGUCAGGAGCAUGAUGUUCAGUGUUGGGGGUUGUAGCUAAUCUUGUUUGUGUAGUUGGAGUGAAUUCAACACAACCUGGAGGUCAUCUUCUACCUUCAUUGUCAAAAAAAGGGAAAAAUCUGAACACAACCCAUUUUAGUGCAGAUCAUUUCAACCUGUCUGCUUAUCUUUCUCCGGUACUGUUGAAAGUAAAUUUUUAGCAUAUUGUAUUUGUUUGCGUCACCCCAAGAAGUUUAUUUUUUGAAAUACAUUUAUUUAUUUAAAGCUCCAUAUUUAUGGUACAGUAUAUAUAGAUAUAUAUUGUUUGUUUUGUAUUGUGUUUUUAUUUGUAAUGCAAUAUCGCUUUGCAUGAUCUGGUGACUAAUUAUGUUAUUUUUUUCUGUAAAGAUAAAAGUCAAUAAAGAUGUGAUUCUACCAUUCCACGGAUUCACUGAGAUCCAC